AUGGCGAGCGUAGUGGUAAAGACGAUCUGGCAGUCCAAAGAGAUCCAUGAGGCCGGGGACCCCCCUGCGGGGGUCGAGAGCUGCUCCCAGCUGGUCUCCGAGGCUCCUGGGGGGGUGACCAGCCCAGCCAAGGGGAUCACAAAGAAAAAGAAAGCCGUGUCGUUCCACGGGGUAGAGCCUCGCAUGUCCCAUGAGCCAAUGCACUGGUGCCUGAACCUCAAACGUUCCUCAGCCUGCACCAAUGUGUCCCUGCUCAACCUGGCCGCCGUGGAGCCCACCGACUCCUCGGGGACAGACUCAACCACAGAAGACAGCAGCCAACUGGCACUGCCUGUGCCACCUGCCUCCCCUACCCCACCCUGGGCUCCCAAUGACCCAGACAUCACGGAAAUACUGAGUGGGGUCAACAGUGGAUUGGUCCGCGCCAAAGACUCCAUCACCAGUUUGAAGGAAAAGACUACGCGGGUUAACCAGCACGUGCAGACGCUGCAGAGUGAGUGUUCUGUGCUGAGCGAGAAUCUAGAGAGAAGGCGGCAAGAGGCAGAAGAACUUGAAGGGUACUGUAGUCAACUCAAGGAGAACUGCAGGAAGGUGACCCGGUCGGUGGAAGAUGCUGAAAUAAAAACCAACGUCCUGAAGCAGAACUCUGCCCUGCUGGAGGAGAAGCUACGCUACCUCCAGCAGCAACUGCAGGAUGAGACGCCGAGGAGGCAGGAGGCCGAGCUGCAGGCGCUGGAGCAGAAGCUGGAGGUCGGCCUCUCGCGGCAUGGCCUGGGACCCGCCGCCCAACCCCCCGGCUGCUCUGGCCCACCAGGGAGCCCUGACGAACCCCCACGACCGCGAGGCCUGGCCCCAGGUGGCUGGGGAAUGGGACCCCGGGCAGGGGAGGGCCCCAUUGUGAGUGAGCAGGAGUUUCGAAAGGUCUCUGCCGGCCUUGAGGAGCUGAGGAGAGAGGUGUCCUCGCUGACCGCCCGGUGGCAUCAGGAGGAGGGGGCUGUGCAGGAGGCCCUGCGGCUGCUCGGGGGCCUGGGCGGCAGGCUUGACGGCUUCCUGGGCCAGUGGGAGCGGGCGCAGCGUGAUCAGGCGCAGACUGCACGGGGCCUGCAGGAGCUGCGGGGUCGGGCUGACGAGCUGUGCACCAUGGUGGAGCGGUCAGCAGUGUCUGUGGCUUCACUGAGGAACGAGCUGGAGGGGCUGGGCCCAGUAAAACCAAUUCUGGAGGAGCUGGGGCGGCAAUUUCAGAGCUCUCGAAGAGGGUCUGACCUCUCCAUGAACCUGGAUCGGGCCUCCCAAGGCUCCUGUGCCCGCUGCGCCAGCCAGGGGCAGCAGUUGUCCACGGAGUCCUUGCAGCAGCUGCUGGAGCGAGCGUUGACCCCGCUAGUGGAUGAGGUGAAGCAGAGGGGCCUGGCUCCUGCCUGCCCCAGCUGCCAGAGGCUACACAAGAAGAUUCUGGAGCUGGAGCGCCAGGCCUUGGCCAAACACGUCAGGGCAGAGGCCCUGAGCUCCACCCUUCGGCUGGCCCAAGACGAAGCCUUGCGGGCCAAGAACCUGCUGCUGACAGACAAGAUGAAGCCGGAGGAGAAGGUGGCCGCUCUGGACUAUCUACACUUGAAGAUGUGUUCCCUCCACGAUCAACUCAGCAACCUGCCACUUGAGGGGUCCACAGGGACAAUGGGGGGAGGAAGUGGGGGAGGGAAUCCCCCAAAACGUGGGGGCCCAACCCCUGAACAAUAAAUGGGCCCCUCAUGCUGGCAUGAAUUCUGUCUCCUUUUUGGCACCAAAAGAGGGCUAAUAAAUUGCACUCAC